CAGAACUUUCCUGGCUAUAAUGUACUACCAUUCACCCAGAUGCUCCCAAUGGACCUUAAUUCUGUAAGUUAUUUUUCUUCCUAAGCAUGCCAUGUUCUAUAUUUGGUUUCAUCACUGCAAGAUUAUUUUUUUUAACAAAAAGAAAUUGAAGAAAUCAUUCUGGUUUUGCUCUAUAGGAAGUUUUGUCACAUCUGAAGGUGUUCUGAUGCAAGAAGACACCAUUAUUGCUGCUCCUAUUACAGAACUUCUAUUUAUCUAAAAGAGUCAAAAUAUAACGUCAUAAGCACGAUGUGUCCCAAUUUUUCUGGUACAUCUCUCUUUCAAGCCACUGUCAAUGACUUCCUUUUCUUUUUUGAAUGGUUAAAGUUGUUGCUCUUUGGGGUUCUAAGAAAUACACACACACACACACACACACACACAGACACGAAAAUAAUAUCUCCCAACCCUGUAGCAGCAGGUGCUGUUGCUUACAAAGCGGGGGAGGGGCAAGGUGCCAGAGACCUGGGUGCAGUGCGAAUGGGCCAGAUGAGCCAAUCCGGUGCUCCCACAACCUCCCCACUGCUGUCCCAAUAAGCGGCAGUGAGUCAUCUGCCAGGAAACUAGUGUGCUGGCUCUGCCCACCCACUGACCUCAUGGUCAGAUUCAAGCUGGAAUGAAAUUUCUCUGAAAACAAUUUUCUGAUAAAUGUUGUGAAUUUUUCUUUCUUUCUUUCUUGAACUGAACUGAACUGCUGGAGAAUGUAUUUUGAGGGAAAACAGUCCUAAUCCAGAAUGUAGUUUCUAUCAGUUUCCUGCUUGAGCAGCAACCCCCACCCAGCUGCUUUUUGUUUUGUUUUUUUAAAUUAAUAUUUAUUACUUUUCCAACAAUUUAAACACUACAAAAACAAUACAAUACAAUGCAAUACAAUACAAAAACACUACAUAACAUUGACACAUUAAAUACAUUAAACUAACAAAACAAAACAAAAACAGUUUAAAAUAUAUCAAACAAUUUCAAUAUCUUAUCUUUCAUUCACUUAUUUCCACGACCUCCUCACACCUCCCUUUUUGUAUUCCACUUCUGUUAAUUGUUUCAGCAAUUCCUUUCCAUCUUCCUCUGUUUUCUAUCCUAUAAUUAUCUUAACACAUUCUAACCUUAUUUUUUCCUUUAAUACUCUAUUAAUCUAUUUAUACUUAAUUCUUUAUAACAUUUCUACUAAAGCCAUAUAAUUGCAUUCCAACAUUUUUCUAACAUUCAUUAAUUUUACAGUAUUUCUGUAAAUAGUCUUUAAACUUUUUCCAGUCUUCUUCCACCAACUCUUCUCCCUGGUCUCGGAUUCUGCCAGUCAUUUCCGCCAAUUCCAUAUAGUCCAUCAACUUCAUCUGCCAUUCUUCCCGGGUGGGUAAAUCUUGUGUCUUCCAAUACUUCGCGAUGAGUAUUCUUGCUGCUGUUGUUGCAUACAUAAAAAAGGUUCUAUCCUUCUUUGGCACCAAUUGGCCGACCAUGCCCAGGAGAAAGGCCUCUGGUUUCUUCAGGAAGGUAUAUUUAAGUACCUUUUUCAUUUCAUUAUAAAUCAUCUCCCAGUAUGUCUUAAUCCUUGGGCACGUCCACCAAAGGUGAAAGAAUGUACCUUCAGUCUCAUUACAUUUCCAACAUUUAUUGUCGGGCAAAUGGUAAAUUUUUGCAAGCUUGACUGGUGUCAUGUACCACCUAUAAAUCAUUUUCAUUAAAUUUUCUCUUAAGGCAUUACAUGCCGUGAAUUUCAUACCUGUGGUCCAUAACUGUUCCCAGUCAGCCAUCAUUAUAUUAUGUCCAACAUCUUGUGCCCAUUUAAUCAUAGCUGAUUUCACCGUUUCAUCCUGAGUGUUCCAUUUCAACAGCAAGUUAUACAUUCUUGACAAAUUCUUGAUUUUUGGAUCUAACAGUUCUGUUUCCAAUUUUGAUUUUUCCACCUGGAAACCAACUUUUUUGUCCAAAUUGUAUGCCUCCAUUAUUUGGUAAUAAUGGAGCCAAUCUCGCACUUUAUUUUUCAAUUUUUAUUUUUCAAUUUUUCAAAACUCUGCAAUUUUAGUCUGUCUCCAUCUUGUUCCAGAAUUUCCCAAUAUUUUGGCCAUUUGGCCUCCAUAUUGAGUUUUUUCUGUGCCUUCACUUCUAUUGGUGACAACCAUCUUGGGGUUUUCUUUUCUAGCAAAUCUUUAUAUCUUAUCCAAACAUUAAACAAUGCUUUUCUGUUUGCCCCCAAAUAGCAGCUGAGAGGAGAGGGAAUUUUCAGCAGGAACCUUGCAUAGGUUGCCUGUCUAAAACGGGACCCCAUGUCUUCAAAGUCAAAGCACACUUUUAAAAAUGCUGCAGAUAAAGUAAAAUGGUGUUUGGCCCUGUGUGCCCCCGUUUAGCAGGCAAGUGGAAGAGGAUCUAUGGAUCACCAGAGGCACAGGUGCAACAGAACAACCAAAGGGCUUCCAACGUCUGCUCCUCAAACUGUCUGCUCCUCAAACUGACACCUUCUUCUCAGAGGUUUCUGUCUGCUGUAGUUCCGUCUUCCAAACUGUGUUUGGUGCUGUGAGUAAAAAAGCUGGUGCCCAAUUCUCAGGCCUUCAGGUUGAGGUCACACACUCAUACCCUCCAACAUUUCUCCGAUAAAAAUAGGAACAUCCUAUUCCAUAAUAUUAAUUUCGUUCAUUAUACCUCGCCCAUCUGACUGGGUUGCCCUAGCCACUCUGGGCAGCUUCAAACAUACAUAAAAACAUAACAAAACAUUAAACACUUAAAAAAAAAAAACCUUCCCUAUACAAGGCUGCUUUCAGGUGUCUUCUAAAGGUUGAAUUUUUACAUAUCUCCUUGGCUUGGAUAACUCCAUAUUUUGCUGAUGAAAAUAGGGAUGUCCUAAGGAAAAGUGGGACAUUCUGGGAUCAAAUCAGAAACUGGGUUGGCUUCUAUAAAUACAGGACUGUCCCUGGAAAAUAGGGACACUUGGAAGGUCUGCACGCUGCCUGUCAAAUGAUGCAAACAACGACAUUCUUCAAACUGACUCAACAUUGUCUUGGCAACAUUGUGGCUGCCCUGCUUACCCAUCAUGAGCUGGCCUGGGCUGAAGGCUGAAGGCCUCUGCUAUGACAACAAAGCUCAUGUCCCUGUCAUCUGCUGUGUUUGGAAUUAAAAUAUUUAUGGUUCUGAGAAAUUUUAAUCAGAUUUUACAUAAUUGAUUUCAAAUGGAGCAUUUCUUCUCUUUCUGUAUUUGUCCCUGAUAGUUUCAAACCCUUAUUUGUUUUCACAUAGCUUGCUAUCCUGUUGGGGGCAUUGACACUUCCUCAGACGCUGCCUGUAGCGGGCGUUGGAACAACUAUGCCACAACAACAGCUGCUGCCACCCCAAUCGGUAAGUAUUUUAUAGCACUUUGAGGCUGCAAUCUCAUACCUGAUUUGUUGUUUGGUCAUUUAGUCGUGUCCGACUCUUCAUGACCCCAUGGACCAGAGCACGCCAGGUGCUCCUGUCUUCUACUGCCUCCCGCAGUUUGGUCAAACUCGUGUUAGUAGUUUCGAGAACACUGUCCCACCAUCUCGUCCUCUGUCGUCCCCUUCUCCUUGUGCCCUCCAUCUUUCCCAACAUCAGGGUCUUUUCCAGGGAGUCUUCUCUUCUCAUGAGGUGGCCAAAGUAUUGGAGCCUCAGCUUCAGGAUCUGUCCUUCCAGUGAGCACUCAGGGCUGAUUUCCUUAGGAAUGGAUAGGUUUGAUCUUCUUGCAGUCCAUGGGACUCUCAAGAGUCUCCUCCAGCACCAUAAUUCAAAAGCAUUAAUUCUUCGGCGAUCAGCCUUCUUUAUGGUCCAGCUCUCACUUCCAUAUAUCACUACUGGGAAAACCAUAGCUCUGAUUACCUGGCAGUAAAUCCCACUGAACUCUGAGCAUGCACUUAUAGGAUGGCACUGUAAACAUACUAAUGGUGCAAGUCUAUAUAAGUCUGCUCCAAAGUGAGCAAAGGUUGGCGGCUAAUAGUGUCUACACUAUUCACCCUUCGCCAUUUGGGAAUUUAUGUUGGUGCUAGUGAAGAGAUACUGGUGCAACACUAGAAAAACAGCACUCACCCUUCUAAGAUAAGACAGCUAGAGAUUGGAAACUGGAAUGCAAAUGAGAAUAAUGUCCCAAUAACUUCUGUGAUUACUUGUAGCUUUGUAAGGGGAAAUCUACAGCUUCCAGGAUCAUUGGGUAGGAAAUGUGCUUUAAAAGUAUGGUGCGUAUUUUAAAUUUGUCAAGGAGGUGCCAAUUAUGACAACUUUUCUUGCAGAUGCUUCCAAUUAUAGUUGCGCAAAUGGGGCCACAGGUAAGAAGUUAGACAAAAUUAUUUUAAUAAUAAUAAUAAUAUUUAUACCCCAUCCAUCGGGCAUCCACUCUGAAUCUCUUGGGCUCUUGAAAUAUAGUUGUCCCUUUCUUUUUUUCUUUUUGCCUGAAAAAUGAGGGGUGAACGCCUGUCAGAUAUUACUGAGCUACAGUUCCCAUCAUUGCGGACCACUGGCAAUGCUUGCUGGUGCCGAUGGGAGUUGUAGUCCAACAACAUCUGAAGUGCCACAGGGUCCCCAUCACUGCCCUGUUCUCUCAUUGCACCUAGUUAGCAGUUGGGUGAGGGAAAGGAGUGACCUCACAUUCCCUGCCAUAUCCACUCUCCACGUGCUGGUGGAAGGUCUGGUGAACCUGUACUACACAUAUAGGCUCCCUGCAUGAUUUAGCUCCCCCAUGGCCUGGCAGGGGGGGCUAAUGGCCAUGGCCUCACUUUCCUUGCCCACCCUCCAACAUUUCACUGGGAAAAAUAGGGAUGUCCGAUGCUGUUUUUCUAGAAAAAGAGGAGCCGGAAUGCACCAUGAACACCUCCUUCAUUCUCCUAGAAUCUGACAUUAUUGUUAAUUGCGUGAGGGAAUAUGGCUCUAGCUUAUUACAGAUGCUCAUUCUCAUAGCAAGGGGAGAUGUAGCUUAGUCACAGAGCAUUUUCCUCGCAAGCAGAGGGCUGCAUGUUCAUUCCCCCAGCAUCUCUUGGUAGGGUUGGGAAAGAUACAAAAUACUGAGCUCAACAGUCUGGCUCAAUGUGAGGCCGCUUCCUUCCCACGUUUUGCUCUCGAGAGAAACACACAAGUGGAAAGCAUGGGGAUUAUUUCUCUGUCCUGGAUCUGGCAGGGUGUUUUAAUUCCAAUGAAACCUGCACAGAAUCACACACAGGCAGAUAAGAUACCAGAUGGCGUAGAUGCAUGCUAAAGAGCUAGGAACUGGUGGUGUUGCAUAGUGGCUACGUUUGUUGACAGACCGAGCUGUGAACAAGGAAGUCCAUUUUGUACGUUGCCUCUGCCAUAUAGUAGUUUGCCUCUUAAGACUACUAGGCUACUAUUACUACCAAUACUACCCAGUUUGCAUUGAAUUCGAAUAGACGUGUGUGUGUGUGUGUGUGUGUGUGUGUGUGUAAGUGAGUACGCGCGCACACACACACACACACACAUACACACACCAUUUCUAUUGUUUUUAUAUACUGAAUCGUUUCAUAUCUGUUAUUAGCAUAUUGUAAAUUUCUUUUGGGAUGCCUCAUGGCAAACUACUCCUAUAUGAAAUAAACAACAACCACAAAGCCUGCUGGUGUUAAUAUGUUGUGUACCUUCUUAAAGAUAUCAUUUAAAAAUAUACAAAAAUAUUUCUGCAAAUUUAGCUUUUACUUACCUCACCCCUCUCCUUUCUGGGGCUCUAGGGUGCAGUGCUCAGUUCUGAAGAAAUGGUAAGUAGCUCACUCCUUAAUUUCUUAUAUUCAUUUCUCAAAAUAGUUGGUCAGCAAUCACCACUGAGCUGUUUCAAGCCCACCCUGUUAGUGUGGCCCCCUUACUUCUGUGGCCUCCACUACAUAAGAGAACAAUGAAGCACCCAUUCCGAGAUCCUGUGUCAAGGAGGGGGAGGGUAUGUCAGAAUUUAGUCUUGGUUUCAGGACUCAGUAUCCCUGAGUAUUUUAGUUUUAGUUUUGAAUGUGAGGAAGCCUUUAGUCAAGGUAUAUGAAAACUCUGGGCUAAGGGCCAAAACUGGACACCUUGGAACUCUCCCCUGGCUUCCCCUCUAUCCCCACCUGAUGAUGCUCUAGGUACAACACACCCUAGCCAGCUUCCUGGUGUGGGUUUGUGCGACUACCCUCUCUGGCCACACCCUCACACUCUGGCCUCGCCCUCUUUUGGCUCUGACCACACCCACAGCUGGAAUGCAAAGGGGCUUCUGUUAGUUUAAUCUGGCCCAAUAAUAACUACUAAGGAUUGAUGUGUGGGUAGGCUUGCCAAAACAAAAAAGGUUCAUGUGCAUGACAGUACACCCGUCACCGAAUCCAGCUUUUCUUGGAGCAGAAUUUGGUAUUCUCCCAUCUCACCAUGGGGUUUAGGGAGAUGCAGAAGUUCCAGCUCAAGCACUGUGGAUAAGGAGGCGCACUACAUUUCUCCUCCUCCUCCUUCCUCUCUCUCUCUAAUGUCCAAAGAUGUUGGACAUUAAUGUCUCUGUGAUGUUAAUGUUAGUCGUCAGACAUCCUGACAAGUUUUCUAUUGCUUUUCUUCUCCCUUUGUAGCCACCACAGUCGCAGAUCGUUGGGGUUCUAGUCCCUGGAGGAGGAUUCUUCCCUUUGGGCCAGGCCCUUCCUGAAGGUCAAGAAGAUCUUCUUCCAGCAAACCAGGCUGGUUCUAAUCAGGGCAACCUACCAUUUCCAGAGGGCACAGCAGCAGCCAUCCAGAAGAUUUCUCCAACAGCAAGUGAUGGUCUGAGCGAGGUUGCAAGUGGGUUAUACCCAACUCCCUCAGGCUUCAGACAGCCAGGCCCUGUGACGAAUGGUGUGUUUGCCGAACCAACUGCUGGCAUGAAUAUGGAGCCGAGUGAACUCCGGGAACCGCCUACUUCUCUCGUAAGACUUGAUAAGGACAAUAAUGGGAAGCAGCAGCACAAUCUGUCUCGGUCACAUGUGAGAGGAGACAGCUACGUGCCAUUAAGCACUGUGGCGAGUAAGCCAUUGAAAGAACCAUAAAGGGAGACCUUUCAAUUAUCAUGUCUUCUGUGUAUUGUAUAUCAUAUGCAGAUGCUAACAUGUGUGUGGUAACUGAGUUGAAAUUUGGGCUAGGAGUGGUUGGAGGACUUUUUGUUUUUUGAAAAAAUAAUAAUCAUUAUGGAUUGUAUCUAACAUUAAUCCUGCUUAGAGGAGACCCAAUGACAUUAAUGGACACAAGUAACUUAGGCCCCUCAACUUUAGUGGGUCUUAGUUGGAUACAGCCUUACUAGUUGGAAAAUUUGGAAAUUCCCAUUCCAGAAAGGGAAAUACUCUUUUAACAGCCUUGUAACAAUGCUUAGCAGCUUUUAAUUCCGGCUCUAGAUCUUAAUGACGAGGGGUUGAGUUGGGUGAUAAAUAUUUUAAGAAAGAUUAUCGUGAGAUUCUUUUUAUUUAGUUUCAUGCCUCUUUACAGUGAGAUCCUUUUUCAUAAAGAUUCUCUCUUAUAUACAGGGAGGAUAACCAGAAUCUCCCUUUUCCCUUUUCCAGACACUGUGCAAUAAUUCAUUGGAAGCAUAGAUCCGUAGCCUGCAAACAAGUUCCAUAUACUGAGCGGCUAUUGUGAUAAAUGAUUAAUGGCCAAAUUACACAUGUGGGCAAAAUACCUGAGUUUUUAAACACAGGAACUGCCCAAAUCACAUGUAAAAGGGUGCCAUUUAAAGUACAAAUGUAGGUGCAUGAUGUCCUCUGUGCUGUUUUUGUCUUCAACUAGGUCUGCAGGGGCCACGUGCCAGUUCCUGCCUGCUAGGGAUAAGACUUCAAACAGUGCUUCAUCCACUUUCUUAUAUGAUACAAAGCCAAAAAAAAAAACAAAUUAUAAAUUCAUGGGAGAUAAAUGUGUCCUGCCGAAGAUAUCAGAUAAUGAGAGACUGUCCAUCAAAGAACACAUUCAUUAUAUUUCACGAUUUGACAUGACUUGGUGAACAGUGUGCCACAAAUGUCCCUUUCCUCAUUGUGCCAUAUUGCAUCUGAUAGUAAUUUCUGGCGGCAAUGCAUAAUAAACAAUAAGUCAAUAAAUAUCUUUUCAGAGGCAUGUGAUUGGGCUUGAAUAUAGUGCGCUAUUCCAGCUGAAGGUUUUAAUCAUAUUAAAGGGAAUGAGAAAAUUUUCCAUUCACAAUAUGAAGCUUGUUCUGGUUAUUUCUUCUUUAUGGUUGCUUGGAAAUGUUUGUCACGCUAUUACAAAUAUUACGCCUGAGCAAAUGUAACAGCUUGCCAGAUGGAACGAGCUCCCCUCAUCCCCAUGUCCUGUUCUGGGGUUUCCUCAUGCACACACCCCAAUUUUAGGGACACAAGGGGAAAACCCUGUUGCACAAGCAGAGGUUCAUUAGAUAACAAGAGUAUCAUAACAAACGUUGCUCGAGUUUAACAAAAUCUAAUAUAGUUUGAAAUCCAAACUAGAGCUUUAAUAGCUUUAAUAACAAUACAGCAUUAAAUAUUAAAAAUCUCCCAAUACAGGGCUGCCUUCAAAUGUCUUUUAAAAGUAAGAUAGUUGCUUAUUUCCUUGACAUCUGAUGGGAGGGCGUUCCACAGGGCAGGCGCCACUACCGAGGGUGGUACAUAUUUUAGCGCUGACAUAUCAUGUGGGGCUGGACCUCAAUGUCCCCCCCUCCUGGCCUGCUCUCCAGAAGCCACUACGAGCUGCCCAAGAGAGGAGGCUAGUGGUGGCGGCCAAGGAGAGGCCAUGGGAUGCUCCCAUACCCCGCCCAGAGGAAGUAGCCUGAAUCCUCGCCAGAGUUUUCUGCCAAACACUGCAAGGUCAUGAAUCAUGACAACAAGAGCAUUCUCUCUCACAGACUCACCAACCACAGUGUGUCUGUUUACCCAGUUACUAUUUCUACACACAUACUAUUUCUUGCUGCAGAAGCUUACAAAGCCCUGGUGAUUUGUUGCAGAAAACCCUCACUAAAAUGCCAGCAAUUGUAGCACAACCUGUGUGCUAUUUCUGUUUUCCUGAGAUCUGUUAACCUGAGCACAAAGCAUGUCUGGGAGAAGCUUUCACAUCCUUCAAAAAACAGGGGAGUUGUGAAGCUCCUGCAAGGUGAAAUCCCUAGGCUGUCCCGCAAAAACAAUCUAAGGUGUCAGGCCUGCGAAAGACCCCCAGAGCCUGAGAGUGUCUGGAGACAAUAUUGGACUAGAUCAUGGUGUCCCAACCUUGGGUCUCCAGCUGUUUUGGGGCUAUAGCUCCCAUCAUCCCUAGCUAGCAGGACCAGUGGUCAGGGAUGAUGGGAAUUGUAGUCCCAAAACAGCUGGAGACACAGGUUUGGGAAACCCUGGGCUAGAUGGACAUAUGGUGUAAGGCAGUUCUGUAUGCUUCUAGUUCAUUGGCCAUGUACUGCAGCCCUCCAGGUGCAUGACAAACUUUCCCCAGCUUUUGCAGUCUUAGGCAAACAGCAAGAAUCAUGCAGCUCCACAGCUGUCCCAUCAUAUAGCUUAGUGGACUGUGUGACUUGUGAUAGGUCACCAGUUGUUUAAGCAGCCAUCCUGCUCCGUUGCUGUUUGAGACUUUCUUCCAACCAACUGCCGAGACACGUAACUACUGCCUGUCUCUCCACAAGUCUUUGCUCCUCCACUUCUCUCCCUUUCUUCUCUUCUCCGUUUACUCCUUUGUCAUUUCAAUCCCUCUUCCUGAACUCCCUCCUUACAAUGAAAGCACGAGAUACCUGUACAUUAUUACAAUUUAUGAACUGUCGCCCAUUUUAAAUGGUUCGUGCAGCUGGAAUGUAAGUGGCUCUGAACACUUUGCAAUGCUAACUGGGCUUCCCUAUUUGCUCUAACGCCCCAUCUGGUCUCUUCAGAAGCCACUUAUAUGUAUUGGGAACGCAGGAGACAUCAGCUGGGUAAUUUGCUAAUACUUUAGGUUGCUCAUGGCAGCUCCUGGUCUUUUUGUAAUUAAUAUUUGCUCAAACGUUUCCCCAGGCUAAUCAGUAUUGAUUGGAAAGAUCAAAGCGCUCCCCAAUCCUGUGCGAUCUUUACUUCUUUUUAAAUGAAUUGCCCCUUCUCGGACAUGCAUGGAAUCUGAAACGCAGUCUUUGCAAGGAGAAUAUGAAAGCAAACUAUUUUAGGAUGGAAAUGUAUUUCCAUUUCAAAGCCCCAAAGAACUAUUUCUCUGGAUCUUCCACUGGCAGACAAAGUCUGGGCUAGAAAUACAUUCACUGCAGAGAUUGCUUGCCUCUAAAAGCAGUGGCGGAGCUUCAUGCUCCAGCACCGAGAGGUGGAGAGCAGGUGGGGCGGGGCUGGCGCACGUCCUGGGGGCGGGGCAUGUGUCCUGGGGGCGUGGUGCCCAGUGCGGGCGGGGGGCAGCCGUGAUGGCACCCCACUGGGAUUGCACUGCCAGGGGCGGUGCGCUUCCCCCACACUCCUCUUCCUCCCCCAGUGUCUAAAAGAAGGAAGCCUGGAUAGCUCAGCUGGUUACAGCGUGGCACUGAUAACGCCAAGGUUGCAGGUUUGGUCCCUGUAUGGGACAGCUGCAUAUUCCUGCUUUGCGGGGCGUUGGACUAGGUGAGCCUCAGGGUCCCUUCCAACUCUAUAGUUCUGUGAUCCUGUGAAGACCAGACUUUGUCUGGCGCUCCAGAUCUUCAGCUCACAAAGACUCCAAGGGAAAGCACUUGCUCUAAACCGGUUUCAUUCUACUUAUGUGGUUGGUUUCACGAAAUAGUAUGGGGUGACUGUGAUUCAACCCCUGCCGUGGAUAGGCAGGGUGAUAUGAUUGAGCCCCCAAGGCUACCUAACAGUUACAUGAAGCCUCUGGGGGCAGUCUUUAGAAGAUGGGGGGCAAGGGGCCACCAGUAUGCUGGUGACACCUAGCCCUAAUUUGUGAGAUGUAAGUGAGAUGUGGGAUAAUAUUUCUUAAUAUUGAGGUGGACUUUAUUAUUAUUAUUAUUAUUAUUAUUAUUAUUAUUAUUAUUUAUACCCCGCCCAUCUGGCUGAGUUUCGUCAGCCACCCUGGGUGGCUCCCAGUCAAGUGUUAAAAACAAUAUAGCAUUAAAUAUUAAAAACUUCCCUAAACAGGGCUGCCUGCAGAUGUCUUUUAAAGAUAAGAUAGCUGCUUAUUUCCUUGACAUCUGAUAGGAGGGCGUUCCACAGGGCAGGUGCCACUACCAAGAAGGCCCUCUGCCUGAUUCCCUGUAACCUCACUUCUCCCAGCAAGGGAACCACCAGAAGGCCCUCGGUGCUGGACCUCAAUGUCUGGGCUGAACAAUGGGGGUGGAGACGCUCCUUCAGGUAUACAGGACCGAGGCCUUAAGGGUGUUGGAGAGUAAUGAGUAAAGGCUAAAAGCAACAUACAAAAAUCACAAACAUACCCUUCACCUCCCAAAAACCUCCAAGCCAGGAUGCCUUCAGUAGAUAUAGGAAACGUGUCGCAGGGUGGGACAAUGUAAGAAAAGGAAGAUUGCUCAGGGUAGAAAGCUGUGUAAAAUAAGGAGUAGUUAGCCCUUAUCUGUGUGUCCCCAAAAUAAAAAACCCUCUCAGUUUAAAUCGGAUUGGCUAUCUCUCAUUACACCCCUAAAUAAUCUUCCCAUUUAAAAAAAUGGCCCUUUCCCCAAGUUUCUGUGUGUUCUUUCUUUUCUUUCUUUCUUUCUUUCUUUCUUUCUUUCUUUCUUUCUUUCUUUCUUUCUUUUUGCAACUCUGAGUUUUCCAGUUGUCCUUAUCAAACUUAAACCAUAAAUUCUCCUUCAAGCUUGGAAGUAAAACCUUGAAAUCAUCUGGUUUCUAGCUAAGAUUGUACCCUCAUUCCUCAAACUAAUUGCCCCAAACAAGAUUUCUGUCUCUAAACAGGAAUGAAAAACUUGGUUAAAAUAAAAACAAUCCAAUUUAACAAACAUAAAGUCACACACCUGGGCAAUUCCAGACAACAGGGGAAGUCAUCACUCACACAACUUUAGUUCAUAUCUUAUAUCCCCAAAGUUCAUCCCAUAGUUUAUAAUUGGGGUGUUUUUCCUUGAACAGCUGCUUCCUAGCUGAAUAAAAGAGGAGAGAAAUAGGUAACUCUCAAAUUCAGAACAAAAAAAUUGUAACAUCAAAAGGUACCUAAAGAUACAAAUGGAUCAAAGGAGUAAGAUAUUUCAUUCCCAAUUAAGCAACAAUUCUGUGUUGCUCCAGAACAGGCUUGAGUGGGUCACAGUGAUAAAUCCACUCCUUUUUAAUUAGAAUAGGGAGUAACCAGAAUCCACUUCUCCAAGGAUUCCUUUGGUGCUGCUAUCAGAAAACUGUCAACCAAAACUAUAUUCAAAGGAAGAUAUAGUGUCCAUCUCUCUGUUAAUGUCAAAGUUUGUAUGGUGGGAAGAAUGAUCCAUGUAUUCAAGGAUGUUUAGCCAUCAUUUAUUUUGCUCCCUCCAGUCUUUGGACUUGGCACAAUCUUCAAAGCUUUCUGAAACCCAACUUCGGUUCAUACAGGAAGUGGAUCUGCUCCUUCUUACAGCACUCCCAAAACCCAGAAAAAUAAGUGUUUAAAAGUCCAGUAACUAAAACAAAGUAGUGGAUACAAGAAUGCAUGCAGUAGAGUACAGUUUGAAUAAGAUACCUAUAACUAUGCGGGAUGCCUGCUUGCAAAAAUGUGCCCAUUAGGAAAAAAUUGCUUGCAAAGUUGUGUGUAAUACACAAAAUUCACACUAAAGUGCUUCUGUAUUUUCAUGGGACUUCCUAUAUGAAAAAACACAAGCUGAUGUAGAAUUGUGGAGAACUGAACUUAAGAGUGGAGAAAUGAGAAGCUGGGUAACUCAGUUGGUUAGAGUAUAGUGCUGAUAACGCCAAGGUUGCAGAUUCGAUCCCCAUAUGGGACAGCUGCCUAUUCUUGCAUGGCAGGCAUUUGACUAGAUGAUCCUCAGGGUUCCCUUCCAACACAGCAAUUCUAUGAUUUAGCCAUUACUAGGUGGCUUGAUCCAUGAAAAGCAGAGACAUCACCUUGCCAACCAAGGUCCAUAUAGUUAAAGCUAUGGUUUUCCCAGUAGUGAUGUAUGGAAGUGAGAGCUGGACCAUAAAGAAGGCUGAUCGCCGAAGAAUUAAUGCUUUUGAAUUAUGGUGCUGGAGGAGACUCUUGAGAGUCCCAUGGACUGCAAGAAGAUCAAACCUAUCCAUUCUGAAGAAAAUCAGCCCUGAGUGCUCACAGGAAGAACAGAUCCUGAAGCUGAGGCUCCAAUACUUUGACCACCUCAGGAGAAGACUCCCUGGGAAAGACCCUGAUGUUGGGAAAGAUGGAGGGCACAAGGAGAAGGGGACGACAUAGGACGAGAUGGUUGGACAGUGUUCUCGAAGCUACCAGCAUGAGUUUGACCAGACUGCAGGAGGCAGUGGAAGACAGGAGUGCCUGGCACGCUCUGGUCCAUGGGGUCACGAAGAGUCGGACACGACUAAAUGACUAAACAACAACAAGAUGGCUUGAAGUCCUUUCUUAGUUACUGGAACAUAUUAUGGCUUCCUUUCCACCAUUGCCACUUAUUUUGAGGAAUUUUGCACCAGAGGCCAGACAGCGGCCAAUACCGCAGGGCAUUUAGGCCAUUUCCAUUGUCUAGCCAGAUCUCUGCUUGCCUUGCUGAGUUCUAGGCAAAGCUAUCUUUUUCUAACCGCCACAGAUCAUGCUUGUGUGUAUCAGCAAGCAGAGCACCAUCCAUUACCAGCAAUUUCAACAUUGUAUGCUCUGUCUGCCCCAUUUUAAUUACCGUUUGUGCAACAGUGAAACGCAAAAGCUUCAGAAAGUCUUGCCUCAUAAUUCUGAUCCGAGACACUACUUCACUUUCACACAUAAUCCAGCCUUCUGAAAUGUGCAGAGAGAUCAAAACAGGCACUACUUCGACACCUGCCCAGAAACAUCAACUUUCAGCCGUUUCGUCUUCUUCAAGAGCCACCCAUAAUUCAGACAACUGAUGAGUCAAAGUCUGUCUUGGUCCAGUUCCAGCCCCUUUCACAAGCAUUGCUGAGGGUAAUUUGCUUCUCCUGCCUGUACUAGCAGAGGUCACCCUAUGGUUCAGGCUAGGCUGCCAUCUGAAUAUUCAAGACCAAAUCGAAACAAACUCAUCAACAUUCACCAGGUUUCCCUCUCUAGCUCUGGGGUUAUGCUUCAGGCACAGCAUCAAAAGUGUUCCUUCUAGUGUUGUAACGCCAGCCUUUUGGCCACCAACCAGCCUUUGGGCACAAAGACCACUUACAUUACCCUUCUGUCAAGGCCCACAGUAUUGGAAUAUAAAUUGUGUGCAUCCUAGAAUUUUAGGAAUUUUCCAUGGACAAAGCUGAUACAGUGGUGCCUCGCAAGACGAAAAGAAUCCGUUCCGCGAGUCUCUUCGUCUUGCGGAUUUUUUCGUCUUGCGAAGCAAGCCCAUUAGAGGUUUAGCGCUUAGCGCUACAGUAUUAGCUGAUAAGCGGCUUAGUAUCAGCUGUUAAGUGGCUUAAAGAUCAGCUGAUAAGCGGCUUAGCAUCGGCUUAAAGAUCAGCUGAUAAGCGGCUUAGCAUCAGCUGUUAAGCGGCUUAAAGAUCAGCUGAUAAGCGGCUUAGCAUCAGCUGUUAAGCGGCUUAAAGAUCAGUUGAUAAGCGGCUUAGCAUCAGCUGUUAAGCGGCUUAAAGAUCAGCUGAUAAGCGGCUUAGCCAUCAGCUGAUAAGCGGUUUAGCAGCUUGGGAAAAAGGGGGGGGGGAAACCCUGCAGGAACUCGCAAGACAUUUUCGUCUUGCGAAGCAAGCACAUAGGAAAUUCGUUUUGCGAAGCACCUCCAAAACGGAAAACCCUUUCGUCUAGCGGGUUUUCCGUCUUGCGAGGCAUUCGUCUUGCGGGGCACCACUGUAUUGACAAUGACUUCCAUCCAAAAUGGCGUCACUAUAAGGCACCACCUAGACAGCAUCUCAAAAAGCAGAGACAUCACUUUGCCAACAAAGGUCUGUAUAGUUAAAGCUAUGGUUUUCCCAGUAGUGAUGUAUGGAAGUGAGAGCUGGACCAUAAAGAAGGCUGAUUGCCGAAGAAUUGAUGCUUUUGAAUUAUGGUGCUGGAGGAGACUCUUGAGAGUCCCAUGGACUGCAAGAAGAUCAAACCUAUCCAUUCUGAAGGAAAUCAGCCCUGAGUGCUCACUGGAAGGACAGAUCCUGAAGUUGAGACUCCAAUACUUUGGCCACCUCAUGAAAAGAGAAGACUCCCUGGAAAAGACCCUGAUGUUGGGAAAGAUUGAGGGCACAAGGAGAAGGGGACGACAGAGGACGAGAUGGUUGGAUAGUGUUCUUGAAGCUACCAGCAUGAGUUUAACCAAACUGCGGGAGGCAGUGGAAGAUAGGAGUGCCUCGCGUGCUCUGGUCCAUGGGGUCAUGAAGAGUCGGACACGACUAAACGACACCUUUCAACACCACACUUGGCAGAAUGUCUGUGCAUGCAAGACGUUUCUGACAAUUCCUUCAUCCAAGUCGUUUAUGAAGACAUUGAACAACAACGGGCCCAGGACAGAACCCUGUGGCACCUCACUCUUCACUUUUUCCCAGGAUAACAAGGAACCAUUAAUGAGCCCUAGUCCAACAUUUCAACCAGUGCACCACACUGGCUCACUUUAGUUCUGUUUGCAUGCAAAUUCUUUCCAAAACCUUUUAUUUUUCUUCUUUGGUCUUUUUUGUCUUUCUUUCAUCAUAGAUGCAACAAGUACUAAGAAUAUAUUCCAUAGCCUCCUUAUUCCCAACUGCAAGGGAAGCAGGAAAUGGUAGAGACAAAAUUGACUUUGCCACGAAUUUCUGCCUUGUUUGAACAUAUCUAGAGCACUUAAAUAAUACAAUUUCCAUUGACAUUCUCCUGAAUUCAAUUCCUAAAUUCUUUAGGCACUUUCAAAAUUUCCCCAGAGAAUCUGGCUAUGUGACAAAGUAAUUUUGCCUCGAGCCUUUAAUUUAAAGGAUGAAAGCAAGUCAAAUCACAUCACAGUGGAAGUCAAACGCCUGACUGCUGGUUUUGUCCUUUCUUCCAAGUUAAGAGAAAAAGUUCAGUGAAAGAAAAAUAGUGCCACAGCAGGAAACAGAGACAGCUUUAUUGUUGUAAUUUCAUUUAGACACGGGGGUAUAUUUAAAAGGAAUAUCGAGAUGUAAAGGCCUUAUGUUAAGGGAGGCAUUCAGAAUGGGUGUGAGGUACAUAUAUUCUAACUUCAUUUAUCAGAAAUUUACUUCAAAUAUAUAGAGUAUUUCAAAUCUCCCAUUUUGGAGCAUUAAUAUUGGUUUUAAAAAAGGUAAAGGUAAAGGGACCCCUGACCAGGUCCAGUCGCAGACGCGUGCGCUCAUCUCACUCUAUAGGCCAAGGGAGCCGGAGUUUGUCCGCAGACAGCUUCCAGGUCAUGUGGCCAGCAUGACUAAGACGCUUCUGGUGAACCAGAGCAGUUCAUGGAAACGCCGUUUACCUUCCUGCCGGAGUGGUACCUAUUUAUCUACUUGCACUUGAUGUGCUUUCAAAUUGCUAGGUGGGCAGGAGCAGGGACCGAGCAAAGGGAGCUCACCCCGUCGCAGGGAUUCCAACCGCCGACCUUCUGAUCAGCAAGUCCUAGGCUCUGUGGUUUAACCCUGUAUAUAUUGGUUUUAGGUGAGCUUUAAAAAAUGGUCAUGUAACAAUUCUAUGUCCCCUUUGAAAAAAAGUGAAGAAGUGAUUUGAAUUCUUUAGUAUUCAGUGAUUUUUAUCUGGAUGCCAAGUUCUGAAAGGUUUUUUUGGUUUGGUUUUUUUUUUUAGGGGGGCAUUAUAUGACUUUAUAUUUUCUGAAGAAUCCAUGGGAUUUGGGGAUGGGAGCAUCCUGUUCUUAAUGCAGGAGUAUGUUCAACAUUCAUUCACUGUAGUCAUUCAACUAAGUGACUCACAGGUGUGAGCCAUCACAAAAUAAUCAGCUCAUACAGAACCACCAUGUCAUUUCAUAGAAUCAUAGAACUGUAGAGUUGGAAGGGACUGUGAGGGUCAUCUAGUCCACUGUUUCCCAACCUUGUUGUUUUUGGACUACAACUCCCAUCAACCCUAGCUAGCAAGAGCAGUGGUCAGGGAUGAUGGGAAUUGUAGUUAAAAAACAGCUGAAGACCCAAGGAUGGGAAACACUGAUCUAGUCCAACCCCCCCGAAAUGCAGGAAUCUUUUUUGCCCAAUGUGAAACUUGAAUCCAUGACCCUGAGAUUAAGAGUCUCAUGCUCUACUAACAUAUCUCAGUCAUAUGGUGCCAAUUAAAAUUAAAUACUUUUUUUCAGUAAAGGUUCUUUCCCCCCCCUCAAUAAGGGAUUCGGCAUGGCGCUAUGGGAUAAACCACUGAGCCUCUUGGGCUUGCCGAUCAGAAGGUCAGUUGUUAGAAUCUGCAUGAUGGGUUGAGCUCCUGUCGGUCUGUCCCAGCUUCUGCCAACCUAGCAGUUCAAAAGCACACCAGUGCGAGUAGAUAAAUAGGUACCACUGCAGCAGGAAGGUAAACAGCGUUUCUGAGUGCUCUGGCACUCAUCAUGGUGUCCCGUUGCCCCAGAAGCUGGCCACAUGACCCGGAAAGCUGUCUGUGGACAAACGCCGGCUCCCUCAGCCUGAAAAGCUUACCUACAGAAACAACAAAAAGAGAUGGACUCAUUGGCAGGUUUUGAAUAAACAUUCCCAAUCUUAUUUAAGUAAAAUAUGAAGAAAGACAAUGCAAUAACAUCUAAAAUAUAUUAAUAUGCAGAAGAUAACGAAUAACGUAACAAACCAGAAGGGGAAGAUAAGGGAAGUCAACGGGGAGGGUGGGGAUUGUAAAAUGUAAAAUUGGAUAAUUGUAUUUGCAAUUUGUUAUAACGAAAGAAAUUUAAUAAAAUAUUUAUAAAAUAAAAUAAAAAGCGAGAUGAGCGCUGCACCCCAUAAUUGCCUUUGACUGGACUUAACUGUCCAGGGUUCCUUUACCUUUUACCUUCUUGAGAUGAAAUAUUACAAAACAAAUCAAAGUUUUCAUUUCAUACUUGUGUACAACAAACCAAUUCCAAUUAUCAUCAUGUCUCUUUAUCUUGUUUAUUCCUUUCCUUCAUUCCUGAUCCAACACAUCCUCUCAUAAGAUGUGUUGAUGUCAACAUAAGCAUAACAUCUUCUAUAUCCUGCUCUGUCUGAUCCCCCUAUUUACAGGGCAUAUCCAAGUUAUUGUGGCUGCCAUUAAAUCAAUGAUAAUUAAUUGGGGAUAUCCAGUGGGGUUUUUUUUUGGGGGGGGGUACUCUCAUUUUCCUCCUCAUAUUGAAAUAAUGCCCCUCAAUGAGGCCAAACUUAAAAAUGUUCAGGGUAUGCAUCCCACUGCAUCCCCCCAGAAAAAAGCACUGACGAUAUCUGUGACUUCCUUCUAUGGAGCCUAAAAUAAAAUAAUAAUAAUAAUAAUAAUAAUAAUAAUAAUAAUAAUUUAUUAUUUCUACCCCACCCAUCUGGCUGGGUUUCCCCAGCCACUCUGGGAGGCUUCCAACCAAAAGUUAAAAAUACAUUAAAAUAUCAGUCAUUAAAAAUUUCCCUAAACAGGGCAGCCUUCAGAUGAUAGUCAGAUUUGGUGGGAUAAUAACUGUAGGUAUAUUAUGCCUCAUUACUGAUGAAACCUCCUUGCAGAAUACCUUAAUUUUACCUGGCUCAAACAGAAUUUUCUGUGGGCCCAGUUACACAUCAAUGAGUGGGUGAGUUCGCACAUGUGACUGCUUAUAUGCCUACUGUGACUGGGGAAAUUCCUGGAGAAAUUCUAAAACUGGGAACUCAUCAGUCAGAGAAAAGUGCUGCAAAACUUCGGCAGAGCUACACUGAUCAACCCCUGCUCACAGAAACCAGGAUGGUGCCACAAUGCCCAAAGCUGGGAGUCUGAGUGAAUCCCCAAAUGUUGGAGUCUUGAUGAAUCCCCAAAGCCAUGAAUCUGAAUGAAUGCCCAGAUCCUUAGGCUACCUCAGGACCUCUUUUAACUGCUGAAUAUUUUGCAGAAUUGGUUUCCAUCCUUUCCCCCUCUCUUUACAAACUAAGCCUCCCAUGUGCUUGUAUCUCCUGCAGCUUCCUGAUCAGACCUCUUGACUCCCAUGUAGCCACUUUACCCAGCCUUGCUUCUCCACUGCUGGAGAACAUUCCCCAGGGCCCUCUAGUGUUCCUAUUUUCCAGGGACAGUCCUAGAUUUACAGAAGCUGUCCCGGUUUCUGAUUUGAUCCUGGAAAGUCCUGCUUUUCCUUUGUUGUUGUUUAGUCGUUUAGUCAUGUCCGACUCUUCGUGACCACAGCACGCCAGGCACUCCUGUCUUCCACUGCCUCCCGCAGUUUGGUCAAACUCAUGCUGGUAGCUUCAAGAACACUGUUCAACCAUCUCGUCCUCUGUUGUCCCCUUUUCCUUGUCCCCUCCAUCUUUCCUAACAUCAGGGUCUUUUCCAGGGAGACUUCUCUUCUCAUGAAGUGGCCAAAGUAUUGGAGCCUCAGCUUCAGGAUCUGUCCUUCCAGUGAGCACUCAGGGCUGAUUUCCUUAGGAAUGGAUAGGUUUGAUCUUCUUGCAGUCCAUAGGACUCUCAAGAGUCUCCUCCAGCACCCUAAUUCAAAAGCAUCAAUUCUUCAGCAAUCAGCCUUCUUUAUGGUCCAGCUCUCACUUCCAUGCUUUUCCUUAGGAGGUCCUUAUUUUCACUGCAGAAAUGUUGAAGAGCAUGAAGGUUGGAGUGAGUAUACAACUGUUAGAAGACAUCUGAAAGUUUAAUGUUUUAUUAUGUUUUUAUAUAUGUUGGAAGCAGCUCAGUGUGGCUGUGGCAACCCAGUCAGAUGGGCAGGGUAUAACUAAUAAAAUUAUUAUUAUUAUGGAAUAAAGGUAAAGGUAAAGGGACCCCUGACCAUUAGGUCCAUUCAUGGCCGACUCUGGGGUUGCGGUGCUCAUCUCGCUUUAUUGGCCGAGGGAGCCAGCGUACAGCUUCCGGGUCUUGUGGCCAGCAUGACUAAGCCACUUCUGGAGAACCAGAGCAGCGCACGGAAUCGCAGUUUACCUUCCCGCCGGAGCAGUACCUAUUUAUCUACUUGCACUGGUAUGCUUUUGAACUGCUAGGUUGGCAGGAGCAGGGACCAAGCAAUGGGAGCUCAACCUGUCGCGGGGAUUCGAACCGCCGACCUUCUGAUUGGCAAGUCCUAGGCUCUGUAGUUUAACCCACAGCGCCACCCGCGUCCCUAGGAUGGCCCUAUUUGGAUGUGCCCUAUCAGCACUUGCCAAUGUGGGACAGCACUGGUUACUUGUCAAAUCUCCAGGAUUAGCCUCAGGAGAUUCCUGGAGAUGGAGGUUGAUUCCUGGAGGUUCCUGGCCAUACCUGGGGGGGGGGGGGGGCUGGCAACUCAUUGAGACCACCAAAUAAAAUCAAUUACAUUCAAAUGCAAUAAAUGAGAUGAUAUACCUGAACAGUCUACAAACGGUUAUUACACAAUAAGAGGUACAUUACCAAGUAAAACAUCCAAAAGGGUACACAGUAUACAAAUGGUUCAGCUUACACUAAUCAGUGUAAUUGGCUGACAGUGUUAGCUAUUAUUAUCAGCUGAGGAAGAACAUUUGAAACAGUUGGUUAUCCUGGAAGGACUGUCCUGCUGCUGCUGUUUUUGGAGCACCAACAUCCUUCAACUUAUUCCCUGCAAAACACUGCAUGAGUUGUGCUUUGUCUGAUUUUACACUUACCUUGGAAGGCAUGUUGCCUCAAGCUUGAGUGAAUCUUUGUGAUGUUAUACUUGCCAAAAAAAUCCCUUACUUUGGGACAUUUUCUUAACUCAUAUUAGGUGGUGUCACCAUGUAUAUAUUGUACACGGAUUGUAAAUGAAGAUACAAUUCAGUAGUGAUAUAAAAGUGUUGUCAUCAUAUUAUUAGACCACCGUGUUGCUUUUGGAUUGUCAGAUUAACAUAUAAUGUUGACACUGGAAGAAAACAUGAAAUGAACUAUAAACCAUUAAAUAAAUCUCAGCUGCUUUCAUAUAUAUUUUUCUUUCUUACCAGAAGAUGAGGUUAUGUCCUUAAAUCAACAUUUUCUCUUGGUUUUAGUUCAUUUUGUACCUGCAGUGUGUCCAUGUUUUGAUACAGGUUUUGCAACUUAAACAGCUGAGUGGCAGGUAGGUAUUCCACAGGGCAGUGUUUCUAGAGAUGCAGCAAGGUGGAAAGCUACACCUGUGGGACAGCUACUAAAAUGGAGCCAUUUCAGAUAGAACACUUCUGUUGCGGCAUGGAGAGGGUGACCGCCGAGACGCCUGGUGUCAUAAACAAGAUUUCAUCUCCAUUUUGCUUUGUUGCACACAUUCUGUUUUUGUGCUCAUUUUCUAUGUGUUAGACAAUGGUUUCUAUAAAUAUAGACUUGAGGAUGCAAUUAUAAGUAAUGAGAUAUCAUGGCUUUGAGUUUUAUGUGCUGUGGUAAGGGUAGGUGGGAACUUGCUGGAAGUCUGUAAUUCCCCUGCCCUUUUGCUCGGUAUUGAUUGGUUAGCCGGCCAUUUCAAUAAGGCUUAUAUUCUAGAGAGAGAAGUUUACAAAUCAUUCCUGUGAAAGCUUUAUCUUCUGAAGAUUUCUCGAGUUGCCUCAAGACAAGAAGGGUUGGGGGAUUUUCAAGACAGCGUGAAGGUAAACAUUUCUUUCCAUCUUCUGUAAUAGAUAUGCUUGGAGGAAGGGGACUGUAUUCCAUCACAGACAAGACUUCUGUCUGAGAAAGAAAGCAGUCACGACAGCACACACUUUUCCCUGAAUUUUUGGUUCUGCCUCAGGCUAGUGGUGUGUGUGUGUGUGUGUGAAGAACCCUGUGGAAAAAAGUGACAAAGCUUACAUUACGAGAGCUCAAGGCAAGUGUGCUAGGCCAUUUCCAGAGAGUCACUAUUUUGUGGGUAGGAUUUAAUUGCACACUGACAACUUUAGUUUGGGCAAUUAAAGUGGAUUUGGUGCUCUUGCAGAACAAACCCACUCCCCUUUCAAAAAAAUUAACAAUGGGCCUUUUGUGAUGAAGGAAGUGGUCAGGGGAAGCACUGGGGAAAAGUAGGAUAAUAAUUGUGUGAAGUAGGUCCUAUAGCCUCCUCAGAAACAAAUCAGAGUGAAUGUUCAGAAAGUAGCGGGUUAUCAUAUCAACGCCCUGCAAACUUUGUGCAAGUUAAUUACGACUCACUAAACACAGACCCACCGAGUGUCCCUAUUUUCCAGGGACAGUCCCAGAUUUACAAAAGCCCUCCUGGUUUCUGAUUUGAUCCUGGAAUGUCAUUAGGAUGUCCCUAUUUUCAUCAGGGAAGGGUUGGGGGGCAUGGAGUUACGUGACUCCCAAGCCAAGGAGAUAAGUAACUAUAAAACCUUUAGAAGCCAUCUGAAGGCAGCCCAGUAUAGGGAAGUGUUUUUUUUAAAAUGUUUAAUGUUUUGUUAUGUUUUUAUAUAUGUUGGAAGCCACCUAGAGUGGCUGGGGCAACCCAGUUAGAUGGGCAGGAAAUAAAUAAUAAAUUUGUUGUUGUUCUUGAAUAGGAUGUCCCUAUUUUUAUCAGAUAAAUGUUGAAGGCGAUGUAAACAGUCUUCAGGAAACAACCUUAGUCUUUAAGGUGCCAAAUAACUUACUUUGGUUUUGAUUUUUGCUGCAAUGGGUUGUCAUAACUUCUUCCCUAAAAUUUAUCGUUAAGAAACCCUUUCACCUUCCCUCAGCUGCCACGAGGCAGAAUGUAAUGGCCGCCACAGGCAGCUGAUUUGGGGCUUGUUAUUGCUGUAUUUUUAUUCCCAGGGAGAGGCACUUUUCUACCUCAGGUGCUAAAGUAACUUGACUGGCUCUGUGUACAAAAUACAUUUUGUGGUGUGUGUGUGUAAGUGUUUGUUUGUUGGCUGGGAAGGGCACAUAACAUUUGCUGCUUUGCUUCAGGCAGCAAAAUAUAUUGGGCCACCCCAAUACCCCAAGCAAGAAUUUCCACAUUUGUCUUCCGUUCCUCUAUAAGUGAAUUACAGGACAAGUGUAUUUAAUCUAGAAGCCCUGCCACUUGUGGAAUAUGGCCCCGCUGUGCUGGAGAGCUUGCUUGGGAUCAAUUCAUUAGCAUUGCUUUUUAUAUCUCUGUGCACUCUCAGCCUAAAAUUACUUUUUGCAGUGUUAGGCUAUAAACAUAUGACACAAGCUAUUCUUUAGGGAAGAAAAAUGUUUGGCACAGGGUGUAUAUUAUGUAGGCCUGAUUGUGAUUGUUAUGAAAACCCUCAUUAUCUUGUAGACUAAAGUUUCAGACAGUUUCAGCAUUAUUCUUAUUGGAGAUUAGUGUAUGCUCAAAACAUAUAUAAGCAGCAGAGCCACCAGGAACCAGAGAGGGGUUUACUCAUGAGUACAAUGGUACUUCUAUUUGCGUUCACCUCCAGUUAUGUAUCCUUCGGGAUACGUACACGGCAAACCUGGAAGUAUUUUUCCAGGUUUCGCCCCGCGCUCAUGCGCAGAAGUGCUCUAUGUGCCACGUGCAUGUACAGAAGCGACACCUCCAGUUGUGGAAACCUCAGGAUCUGACCGGAGCUCUGGAAUGGAUCCCGUCCGCAACUGGAGGUACUUGCAAAGUCCAUUUUUAAAAGGAACAAGUUUAGUUCAAGUUCCUCUUAUCCAAAAAUGAACUUGUCUGAGUUCAAGUUUGCACUUUUACAAAGCAAACAAAUUCACUCCCAGUUCAUCCAAGCUCAUCAGUUCAUAAAAAGUUUAUCCUCACCUGCUUCUAUGCUGAAGUGUAGGGUCUGAAAUCAAAUCAGUAAAUGCACACAAGUAAUAAGCUCUUUUGACAGGCAGAAUAGGUAAAGGUAAAGGUAAAGGGACCCCUGACCAUUAGGUCCAGUCGUGACCAACUCUGGGAUUGCGGCGCUCAUCUCACUUUAUUGGCCGAGGGAGCCGGCAUACAGCUUCUGGGUCAUGUGGCCAGCAUGACUAAGCAGCUUUCUGGCGAAACAGAGCAGCGCACGGAAACGCCAUUUACCUUCCCACCGGAGCAGUACCUAUGUAUCUACUUGCACUUUGACGUGCUUUCGAACUGCUAGGUUGGCAGAAGCAGGGACUGAGCAAUGGGAGCUCACCCCGUCACGGGGAUUCGAACUGCCGACCUUCUGAUCGGCAAGUCCUAGGCUCUGUGGUUUAACCCACAGCGCCACAGGCAGAAUAUUAACAGGUAAUGAUUCCCCCAUAGCUGCAUUACAGUACCAGGAAAGAAUUGCCUGCCACACAACUGGCACAAGGCAUUGUUCAUUUAGUUCCUGUACCUCUCCUUUUCUCCAUAAGCUACUCCUGUUGGAAGAGCAGGACUCCGUUCAACAGGGAAGAUUCAAAAAUGCCUCGCAUUCCUCCUUCUGACUGCUUGGCAACAGUGUUAAGUGACGAAGCAUCCUUAGACAUGCAGAGCCUCAUGGGAAGGGCUCCCUCUACCAUUAGGUUGAGUGUGAUGUCAUGAUUUGGGGUAUAGUGAAAAAGCAGCAAUUAAAUCCAUUUAAUUAGUGAUUAAAAUAAAUUAUUUGAUUUAUUGGCAUUGUAUUAACAUUGUAUUGUAAUGUUGUAUAAUAAUUGUUUUUUUCCCAUCCUCCUAGGGAUGUGGGGUUUUUGUUUCAGUUGAUAAAAGAACUUCACCAGCCAUGGGUAUUAAGUACCUCAAGCAUGGAAGGCAAACCACAUUUGUCAAAGGGGUCUUUGCACUGACUAUGCCACUAUUUCACUGUUUACUAUAUUUCAUUUCCAGGACCUCAUCAUCCUCUGAAAUUCUUCCCAGGUCCUUUUUUUACUCAAGACAUAACAUCAAAGAUAUGAAAAAAUGGAUCCUUAUCUCAGUCCUAUUAGGAAUCUGCUCUGCAAUGCCGGUAACUAAUACAAUUUUACCUCAAACUGUUGUCCGUCAAAUUAAGGAGAACCUGUUUCAUGUUUUGUUUUGUUACUAGUAGUAUAGAUUGUUAUUUUGGAGACUUGACAUGCACAAUGCUUUCCAGAGUAGAUGAUCCUCUGGUUUUUUCUCAUGUUGGAGGGAAAUAUAACAUCAUAAAUAUCAAGAUGGCUUCCAAGGCAUUUUACAAAUGGUUUGAAUUUUAUAUGACAAAGGCCCAGUGUUGCUACAACCCUGCUGAGACUGGGAGCAGAUUAUGGGCUUGAUGGCUUGCUCCUCACACAACCUCUUUCCCUAUCCAGAUAAAUUUUCCCCCUUCCUUUCUUCUCCCAACAUUAACUUUAAUUUUGCUUCAGAUGAGCAGCAGCAGAAGCCAUGGGCAAUGCAAGCCAGGGCUGAAAACUAUUGUUUGCAAGUAUUACAACAUUAAACAGACAUGGCUUCCUCCAAAAACUCACGAGAAAUGUAGUUUGUUAAGGGUACUAAGAGUUCUUCGGAGACCCCUAUUCCCCUCACAGAGCUACAAUUUCCAUAGUUCUCUGGGGAAAUGGAUUGACUGUUAAACCACUCUGGGAACUGUAAGUUCAAAUGGGAAAUAGGUAUCUCCUAAAAACUCUCAGCAUCUUUAACAAGCUACAAUUUGCAGAAUUCUUCGAGGGGGAGCCAUUAUUGUUUAAAGUGGUAUGAUGAUGCUUUAAAUGUGCAGUGCAGGUACAGCCUAGGUGAUGAGGAGUCCCAUUACUUUAAUCAGGACUAUGUCAUGCCUAACCCAGCUUGGAUCGGGUCCAUUCAUUUUUGUGUCAUUUUGUGUGGUUGCACAAAGGUGAAUCUGUGGCCAUUUUUAGACACCUAAGCCUCAGUACAAUAUAAAUUCCAUGCAAAAGAGCAAGUCAGCAAUGGAAAACCUGCUUCUCCCCUUUCUGAAUACAAGUGAUUAGCACCUUCCCAAAUGCAAGUGUUGCAAAAGGUAGGGGGAGAUUCAAGAGAUAUUUUGUUUGUCCGCAGAUGCUUCUUCAACAUGCCAGGAUAACUGGAAGGGGUGGUAUAUUUUACCCCCCACCUGCACUUGCAAGUACAGUGGUACCUCGGGUUACAUAGGCUUAAGGUUACAUAUGCUUCAGGUUGCAGACUCCACUAACCCAGAAAUAUUACCACGGGUUAAGAAGGAUGAGAACAGAAAUCUCACAACGGUGGUGAGACAGCCGCGGGAGGCUCCAUUAGCUAAAGUGGUGCUUCAGGUUAAGAACAGUUUCAGGUUAAGAAUGGACCUCUGGAAUGAAUUAAGUACGUAACCAGAGGUACCACUGUAUCUCUAAAAUAUCCGGAAGUCAUUAUGAUAACCUUCAAGGAGAGCCGGUCCAAUUAGCAUCUUAAAAUAAGCUUUUCUGAAUGAUGGUGUUUGCUGUUUUAAAUCAUUAAUGCAGUAAUGAAUAAUUAGCCAGGGCUGCAGUGCUACAGCUGGUGAAAGGCUAGCUGAAUUGUCUUAGGAAACUGUAAAUGCCAUCCUCUAGCAGAGAGGGAGAUCUACAGACAGGCCUUGGCACAGAGAGCCCUGCAAGUGCAGAUGUUCCACCAGUAGUGGGGGUGGGCAAAUCAAGGCAUUUGGGGGCACGUCAGGGCAGCCAUGGAUCAUGGGGCCAACACUCCCUCAUGCCCCUGGCACACCUACAGAAUGAUCCAGAACCAAAGGCAGCUUUUGCGUAGCGCAACCAGAGGUGCCACCAUUGUUUUGGCUCUCUCCAGUAUAUUUUCUGUGAUGCUUAAAGGUAAAGGUAAAGGGACCCCUGACCAUUAGGUCCAGUCAUGACCAACUCUGGGGUUGUGGAACUCAUCUCGCUUUAUUGGCCGAGGGAGCCGGCGUACAGCUUCCGGGUCAUGUGGCCAGCAUGACUAAGCCGCUUCUGGCGAACCAGAGCAGCACAUGGAAAUGCCGUUUACCUUCCCACCGGAGCAAUACCUAUUUAUCUACUUGCACUUGAUGUGCUUUCAAAUUGCUAGGUUGGCAGGAGCCAGGGACCGAGCAACGGGAGCUCACCCCUUCGUGGGGAUUCGAACCGCCGACCUUCUGAUUGACAAGUCCUAGGCUCUGUGGUUUAACCCACAGCACCACCCGCGUCUGUGAUGCUUAGGAACAAAUAAAUUCUGUUGCAUAUGAGCUUUUAUAACUAAUUCACCACCCAAGACUGUACCUGUCAUUAUUUACUCUCUCUAUCACCUGCAACAAACGAUGGUUACAAGAGUUAAUCUCAACAUCACCUAAGAACUGGCAUGCAGCAGUUGGGCUGCUGAUAUGCACAAUCUGCUAGUGGAGGUUGGUGCACUAGGGCAAAUGUGGCAGUGCCCCCAACAACCUUGGUCUGCCCCCUGCCCCUGCUUGCCUGCCUUCUUACAGACAUCCAGUCCAGGGGGUGGCACUGGCUGUCAGCUUCUCUCUCUCUCCCCCUCCACCAUCUCAGCAUUGUCUUUGCAGAUGUCAGCAGGGAAAAUGAUGGGGACCAAAGUAGAAUUAGUUAUCUCUGCCUGUCAUAUAUUCCCUGACCAUUUGAUAGAUGAGAAGGAUGAAUUUUAUGUAUACAGUGGUGCCUCAGAAGUCGAACAGAAUCCGUUCGACUUCCAAAAUGUUCAGAAACCAAGGCGUGGCUUCCAACUGGCUGCAGGGAGCCCCACAAGUCACGUCGGACAUUCGGGUUCCAAAGAACGUUUGGAAACCGGAGCGCUCACUUCCGGGUUUGCAGCAUUUGGGAGUCAAAAUGUUUGACUCACAAGGCGUUCAGGAACCAAGGUAUGAAUGUACUCUGUGUUAAGAGUUAAAUAUGAAUUACCUUUAAAUGCUCGAUGGCAAUAUCUUCAGAAAAAGCAUUUGCUAACUACCAUUUACGGACCAACAGCUUUUACAACUCCAGAGACCCCAGAGAUAUUAAAACAGCUGAUUAAUUCUUAUGUAACAAGGAAAAAAAACCCUAUUACCUUAUAGAAAUGUUUAUUAGCAGCAAACCAGUUCAAUGCACAUAUAUUAAGGAAGGAGCGGAAUAAAGAAUUUGAAAUCUUGAUCUCGGCCAAGCAGUGGAAAACUGUGUUAAGCUCUGUAACAGGGUUUCCCAUACUUGGAUCUCCAGCUGUUUUUGGACUACAACUCCCAUCAUCCCUAGCUUGCAGGAGCAGAGGUCAGGGAUGAUGGGAAUUGUAGCUCAAAUCAGCUCUAGACCCAAGUUUGGGAAACCCUGUUCUAUAACAAGGGUGGCUCUGGGCCUUAAACAAAGACUCGUACAACCUGCAAAGAAGAAAAAUUGACAGAUUUUCACCACCCCUUUCCUCUCCUGGACGCUAAUGCUUCGGGCCAUCCCAUGAAACUGUCCAGUAGGAGAUUCUGAACAGAUAAAAGAAAAGUGCGUCUGUGCGCAAUGCAUAAGCAACACGUGGGAAUCGCUGCCACAAUGCCCAUUAGCUUGGAUGGCUUUCAAAGAGGAGCAGACCAUUUUAAUACAGGAUUGGUCUACCAAGGGUUACUAGCUGUGAUAGUAACCUCCACUUUCAGAGGCAAUGUAUUUCUGAAUACCAUUUUCUGGGCGCAAAAAGUUGAGAAGGGCUAUGGUUUCAUGCUGCGUUUGAGGGCUUCCCAAAAGAAUCUGGCUGGCUGCAUUUGGAUACAGGAUGUUGGCCUAGACUGGAUGUGUGUGACCUGGAUGUGAUCCUGCAAGGUUUAUGUUGAUCUGACACAGGCAUUCUACAAUAUCUUUUCAAAAAUUGUAUUGGUUUUUGCAAUAUCAACGACAAACAAAAACAUAAAACAAACAAAACAUAACAAACAUAAAUCAUAACCUUAUUGAAAAUAACAGUUAUUUACUUUGUAGAACGACUUCCUCGUUUUCCCUUAGUUGAAUUUCAUUGCAUAUCCUUAUAACGGUUUUCCAAAUCCCAAUUUUAAUACCCUUUAAAUUAAACAUUAACAUCCUUAAAUCUUCUCCUUCUUGUAUUAAACAUAUUAUUUUAUCAGUUAACAUAAAUACAAUCCUAAGCCCAUUAAGUAUCUGGACGCUAUUUCCUGUUAUUUUAGCUUAACAAAUUUAGCUAAAUAAUCAUUAAAUUUCUUCCAUUCUUCGUGGUGUUCCUCCUCCUUCUGGUCGCGGACUCUUCCGGUUAGAUCAGCUAGCUCCAUAAAAUCCAUCAUCUUCAUCUGCCAUUCUUCUACUGUUGGUAAUUCUUGAGUUUUCCACUUUUUAGCUAACAAAAUAAGAGCCGCAGUUGUGGCAUACAAAAAUAGAUUCACAUCUUUCUUGGGCAAUUCCGAACCUGUUAUUCCGAGAAGAAAGGCCUCUGGUUUCUUUAUAAAUAUAUAUUUCAACAUUUUUUUCCAAUUCAUUAUAAAUCUUUUCCCAGAAGUCUUUCACCUUGUAGCAGGUCCACUACAUAUGAAAGAAUGUUCCUUCCUUUUGUUUACAUUUCCAACAUGUAUUAUCACAAUUAUGAUACAUCUUUGCUAAUUUUACAGGAGUCAAAUACAAUCUAUACAUCAUUUUCAUAAUAUUUUCCUUUACCAAAGUACAUGCGGUGAACUUCACCCCUUUCUUCCACAAUCUUUCCCAGUCCUCAAACAUUAUGUUAUGUCCUAAAUCUCUUGCCCAAUCUAUCAUCACCGAUUUAACUUGUUCAUCUUUCGUAUGCCACUCCAGCAAAAGCUUGUACAUUUUAGAUAAAUUUUUACCUUCAGUAUCUAACAACUCCAUCUCCAACUUAGAUUUUUCCAAGGCAAAACCAUUUUUCUUAUCCAGUUUAUACAAUUCGUUAAUCUGGUGGUAAUGUAGCCAAUUUAGCUUAUCUUUAAUUUGCUCAAAUGGUCUUAAUUUAUAACCUUCCUCUUCCUCUAUUAAUAAGUCAUAAUAUCUCAACCAUUUGGUAUCCAUAUUUAAUUUUUGCCUCCAUUGGUGAAAGCCAUCUGGGCGUCUUUCUUUCUAAAAGGUCUUUGUAUUUUAUCCAAACAUUAUACAACGAUUUCCUAAUUAUAUGAUUUUUAAAUUCUUUAUGGGCUUUUACUUUAUCAUACCACAAAUAUGGGCAUUCUACAAUAUCAGGGAGUUCUUCCACAAUAAGAAGGCUCUCUGCACGUGCUUAGAAGUGUUAUUACUUGUGUUCGAGGCACUAUCUCUGGCAUCAAAAGAUAAGGACCUUGAGUUAAAUACCAAUUCUGAGCAUCAGAAAUGGGCCUGGGGGGAGGGGGGCAAUAAGAAGGAGAAUAAUAUUGCGAAGAUAAAAUGGUUGGUAUUAAUGUUGUGGGUUUUUCAUUUCUUUUCAGCUGAUGAGACAAUUGGCGGGACCAAACGGGGCAGGUGUACUCCAGCAGGUAACUGCAGCUAAUUACAGAUACCCUCUUUGAAAAAUUAUCUUUCUAAGUGAAUGUAACUGCAAUAGAAAAUACAUGAUGCAAUUCUAGAAUAUUUUCCUAUAUGACAAACUACCCCAAAAAUCUAUUGUUCCUUUGGCAAUAGAAAUCCAAUUGUAAUAUCCUGCUUGCUCAGCAGAUGUCUGCUUACAUCUCCAAAAAGUUAACCGGAGGGUUGGGGGGUACCUCUAGAGUAGAUUUGCGGGGGCCCAAAUCUUCAUGAGGGAAGGAGAUGAAGGAGAAUUCCCAUCCUAUCUGCUGGCAUGAUGUUGGAUCUUGUCUUAAUAUUCAACAACUGAUGAUUUCCUUCUAUUGGUCCACGAUAGAAAGUGUUCUCUCAUACCGUAUUACGGUGUGGUACGCUGGUUUGACAGCCAUGGACAGAAAGUCCCUACAGAGGGUGGUGAAGACAGCACACAAUAUCAUGGGCUGUCCCCUGAGUCCAUUAGAUGUCAUCGUAGGAGACCUAUGCCUCAGAAGAGCAAGGAACAUUCUCAGGGAUGACUCACACCCUGGCCAGCACCUUUUUAAUCUCCUGCCCUCAGGCAGGAGAUAUAGAAGCAUGAUAAGCGCAGCAACAGGUUAAAGAACAGUUUCUACCAGUGGGCUGUGAGGCUGCUGAAUGGAAGACAGCAACAUUGCAGCUUAUGUCCGGGGUUGGUGGUCGUACAACAGCACACAGAGUAUAACAAGGACUGAGAGAUUGUGGGAGGGAGGGGGGCUCAUUUAAUCUCACUGUAAACAAGUGGUACAGUGACAAUAAAGUAUUUUUAUAUUUCUAUAACAAUCACAUUGUGUUCAACAUGCGCACAGCCUGUGUACCCAGAUAGUUGCGCCGUACACUUUGUUCAACAAGUGUACAGUCUAUGUAUCUCUGUACAAAAUAGCUGUACAGAUGAAUGAAUUGCACUGCUUCACACAAACACUUGUGCAUAUGUAGAGACAACUUGGGCCUGUAGGCUGUGCAAUGUGUGAUCAAUCCUCAAGCAGUUUGAAAGUCAAUUAAAAGAGACAAAGGAAAGGUACAUUCUGGCUCAAGUUGGCCAUGACCAAGGCUGCAAUCCAAUCUGCAAUUAUUUUAUGUUCAGUGUGACAUAUAGCUUAGUAAAUGUAGAAAGGAUUUGUCUGUUCUACAUUGAGAGGAAUGGAAUCUACUGCGUUAUCCUUUACAUGUCUUCUCAGAAGUGAAUCCCGCUGAAUUCAUAUAGGACUGCAGUCUUAGCCUGGGCUAUCUUUGUUCCAUUGGUUUCUUGGAUAUGCAGCCUAUUUUAAUGCAUGUUUACUCAAGACUAAGUAUGCUUACUAGAGAAUAAGUACUUACUUCCAAGCAAACUUGCCUAGGAUUGCAGCUAUGUAUGGUCAAACUAACUUUAUCUAGAGGAUUAUGGAUAAAAAGUGCAGAGCUUUUUAUUUCAGAAGGCAUUUGGAGGUCUUAGAGUUUAAUGCUGUACUUUUGAAAAAUCCUGUUGUGCUCUUGUAAGAAAGACUUUAUGUUUUAUUCAUUGAUAUGGGUUUAUGUUGUCUAUAUUUCUUUACUAAUUUGUAAACCAGCUUGAGGGUACCUUGGGUACCCAAAGGUGGAAUAAUUGUAAAUACGGUACUUCCCUUGUUCCACCUUCCUCUUCUGCCUCUAUCCCUCUAUAAUGAAAUAUAUGGCUGUAUUAUCGAGCAGAAAAGAACUGGGUAUGUCAACAUAACAGAAAUCAAUAAGAAAACCCAUUUCCAACUAUUUAUGAUGCCACAUUCUAAUGCGAGUUUUUAAGAAUGCUAAAAUGUGAAUUGCAGCUGCAGAAUAUCUGCAUUGAUUUGUGCCAUUUCUUUAGUAUGCUCAGGCUUAUAGCUAUGCAGAUCCGUUUAAUACAAUGUGGAUACACAACUUUCUUCCGCCACAUUCAUCUUACUAUUGGUUAAGGCGAAGACCUCAGCAACAUGAAACUCAACAGGUAAGCUGCUUGUGCUACAAUAAUUUUGGGAACUGUACUCAGUAUAAUGAGGAUUAAAAAUAAGGUGCUUCCAGGGCAUUAGAAUUCUGCGGGAGAGAUUCAAUCACUUACUGGGACUUUAGGUUUGCCCAAUUAAAGUGGACUAAAGCCUGAGUGCAACAAAUCCUUAAAAAAAACAACAAAAGGCCAAAAACCCCUUCAGCUUUUUGUGGUUUGGAAAGCAAUGGGGAAAUGCAUUGAAAAGUGUGAGGAGAAUGAAAUAUUACCAGGAAGAUGUGCAAAACAGCCUGCAAGCGAAUCAGGAUGGAUGGAGGAUAAAUGUUCAUUGUCAAAUAACAUAUCGGAAUGAAUACUCAAGUCAUAGUCUAUUUUGGGCAAAAAGAUCAGGAUGAAUGCUGAAUAAACAAGGCAUCUGGAUGUGAUGCAAUCACUUUCAUGUCUCUUAAAUGAUGACAGCCAAACUAUUCCCCAAGAUAUUUGCUAGGAAGAAUGGCAAUUUUCUGUUUGCUGUCAGGGCACAGUUUAGAGGGAGAAAGCCCUCUUGGAACACAUAAGGAAUGAUUAAGGAUUGUGCUAUAUAGGCAUUUAAAGAGAUCAUCUUUAUUUCAGUACAACUCAGUCAUUAGCAUCUUUUGCUAAUUAUUUGGCAUCUUGAAUACUAAUGAAAGAACGUGAGAUUUUGCAGGCAAGAGCCUAAUACAUUAGAUACUUUUUAAAAAGGCAUGCACUGCCUUUGGUAUCAUGGACAUAACUUCUUAAUGACUGUACCCUUUUCCUUCUGGCUGUUUGUCCUCCCACGCUCCUCUCUACAGUAUGAAAUCAGCAUGCCUGUACACCCUCCUCCACUACCAUCUCAGCAGACACCCAUUCUGCUUCAGCAGCCUGAAGUGCAAGAGCAACCUCUCUUCCAGCUCGUAAAUUUCAUUCCUACAAGGCAAGUCCAACUCCAGCAGUACGAUAUGCAGCCACCAUUCCAGCAGAAGCCAUUUCUGCUGCCGGAGGGAAACCAGCCAGUUGUCCAACAGCAGCCAUCAGAGAGACAAACUCAGCAGGUCAGUUUUAUAAACAGGUGACAUCUAAGUCCCAAAACCACCAGUACAGGUUUCAGGGACUCCAGUGCUUGAAUCCUGAGCUCCACGCCCCCCCCCCCCAGAUGAUAGGUUCAUUUUCCUACCAAAGGCCAGUUUCUGAAUUUUUGGAAGAUUUUUCUUCCAUAGAAUUUCAAAUUUCCAUCCAAUCCUGGUCAGCUGAAACAGUGCUGUAAAAGCAUCCAGCCUCAACUGCAAGUUAGGAUUAAGGCCUGUCUUUGCUUUCGUUAUUCACUUUGCGUCUCCUAGUCUUAUGUCUCUAAAUGUUUUCUUGAUAGAUACAGUUACCCACUAUACAAGAAUACUCAGGGACAUUAGGUCAGGCAGUCAGUAUAGAAUUUUAUUUCAUAUCGCCUUGAAAAAUUAGCAUUGAAUUCUAUGCACAAAUAGGCAGCACCCAUAGUUCUUUGAUACUUUUCUUGGGUACGUAUUAUAGUACCUAUUCUAUAUAUAUAUUAGUUUUAGCCUUGCAUUUCACUUCACUGGAUGUUUCUAUGCUCCUUUCUCUUGCAAAGCUCUACCCAGGUUUACUUGGAACCCCACAAGAUUUAGCCCAACAACCACAGCAUAGAUCUGUAUGUUGAUUCUCAAAACAGUCAUGCUGCCAGCACACUGAUUCACAUAUCUGAACUCUCUUAACAUGCAACCCCAGUGGUGCACUUAGGUGCUUUCAGGCUCAGAACUUUGUGGUAUUACAAGUGGUACCUCAGGUUAAGAACUUAAGUCAUUCUGGAGGUCCAUUCUUAACCUGAAACUGUUCCUAACCUGAGGUACCACUUUAGCUAAUGGGGCCUCCCGCUGCCGCUGUGCCACCACUGAAGCAAAGUUCUUAACCCGAGGUACUAUUUCUGGGUUAGCGGAGUCUGUAACCUGAAGUGUCUGUAACCCGAGGUACCACUGUACAGGGGAGGUGUGAGGCUCUUUAGACAGUAAUACAUAUUACUUAGAUCACUCCAAAAUGUGGUCAGUCAGUUUUUCUGCUAGGGGUGGAAGGAACUGUCAAUUUCAAUUCUCUCAGUUUCUUGUUUUUCUUAAAUUUAGUUCUUCACAUUUCUGCAAUUCUUAAAAAAAACCCUCAGCAUUUUAAUUUGAAUUUCUCAUAAUAAACACAUCUUCCCAUGCAAUUUUGUCUCAAGUACACAUUUUUUAAAAGCAAUUACGGUACCUAUAAUAUAAGGCAUCUUAAUGAUAUUUUCAUUGACAGAUUAGCUUUUACACACACUGUCCCCUAAUAUAUUAAUUUUUGUAAAUGUUGGAGAACUGCAUUGCAAAAUUUGGAUAAGUGUCAAUUUUGAAAGAUCCAUGUGUUUCAGUUCUUACAUUGCGAAUCUGAUGCAGUCACCUUUAAACUGAACCAGACUUCUCACCCAUCCAUAUUUGUGGGUUGGUGGGGGGAAGGGCUCCUGCUCAUUCUCCUGCAUUUGGCCCUGGACUUAUGACCCAAAGUCCUACCUUGCGUGCAUCAAGUAAGUAUCUUGCACAGGUUUAAAAAUGAGCUUGUGUCAAAGUGACUUUUCUGAGAAGUUAAGCUAUGCAAGAACUCUGUUUAUAUGGGUGCUUUCUGUACUAUCCAUCAUGAAGCAAAGCAGUGCAUGGUAACACAGAGAUCUAAAGCAAAGGCAGCCAUCAAGUGUCUUCCUUUCAGCCUCGCUACCGCACAUGCACACCCCACACUGACCUCACAGACAAGUCUGGGCAGGGCAGUAAAGGACUAGGCCAGGCAUUUCCAAACUCAGCCCUCCAGAUGUUUUGGGACUACAACUCCCAUUAUCCCUAGCUAACAGGACCAGUGGUCAGGCAUGAUGGGAAUUGUUGUCCCAAAACAUCUGGAGGGCCUAGUUUGGGAAUGCCUGGACUAGGCAAUACAGGGGGUGGGAAUCCCACUUUAUCAUUCUUACAAGUAGGAUUUAUUGACCUGUCUGGAGAAAAGCCAUCAGUACAGUGAAUCACAUAAAAUUAUUGCAGUACCUCAAUCUCACCCAGAAGAGGUGUUGGACUCUUCUUCCUUGGAGGUUUUAAAGCAGAGGUUGCAUGGCCAUCUGUAAUGUAUGAUCUAGUUAAGAUCUAGUUAAGAAUCCUGCAUUGCAGAGCUUUGGACUAAAUGACCCUUGGGAUCCUUUCCAACCCUACAUUUCUAUGAUUCUACACUUGCUGUGAAGAGGUGAUGACUUAAGUCCACAGUGUAGGUGCUAACUAUAAGAGCAAGAAUUGGGAACCUGUGGCUCUUCAGAUGUAGUUGGUUUACAACUCCCAUCAUCCCUGACUAUUGGCCAUGUUGGCUAGACUGGUGGGAUUUGGAGUCCAGCAGCACCUGGAAACUCAAAGGUUCUCCAUCCAUGUCUUAGGGCAUUUUGGUAAGACUACCAUUGAGAACAAGAUGCUGACGGGCCUCUAAGCUCUUCACUGUUUUGCAUGAAACAACAAAGAGUACUGUUCCUGAAAGCAAAACUACUGCUAAUUGGUUUUCUCCUUUGUCUAGAUGCCACCCAGUUUGCAUUACAUGUCUUACAUAGCCAACCAAGGAGUAAGUAUGUUGCAUUCAUUUACAGGCAAUGAAAUCCUUAUCAUUAUCAUGUCAGGGAGACAACCAAAACAUUAAAGGAAUAUCUGGGGUGCAGUACAUCUCUGUGUGCUGUGCGCACAGUAUGAGAAUGCUGGCGACACCAAUAUUGUUGUCACCCCAGUAGAAGCUGUGGCCAGCCAGCACCAGAACCAAAGGGCAAAGUGGAUCUAAGUGCAGCACUUUUCCCUCACAGGAAUGAAUGGAGAAGGAACUCAGAGAUGCCACCUGAAUGAGGGCAGAGCUAGCCCUUCCGCUACGGCCAGUCCCAGCGCUCCCUUUCCUCCCCACCCAAUGUUUUCCUUAUCACAGUUUGAUUAUUUUGUCUCAAAAAGCUCAACAAGAGUAUCUGAGAACUAACUUGCCACCCAUCUACACAUCUCAGCCCAUUCAUCGGCAUAGUCUCAUCCUUUUUGUCAAUCCCACUAAAAUAUGACAAACGGAUGGAAUCAAGGAAAUGAUUUUUCCGUAUGCUGCUUGCAAAAGAAUAAUUGCAUUCUAAUUUAGCUAUUCAAAUGUGUGUGUGUGAGAGAGAGAGAGAGAGAGAGAGAGAGAGAGAGAGGGAGGGAGGGAAGGAGGGAGGGAGCAGACUUAUGGGAAUGAUCAUAAACCUACCCCUGGAAGCUACACAUUGCAAAUUUUUUAAUUUCAAAAGACAGGAAGAAUUUUCAGUGGAGGAAAGCAAAACACUCCAGAGCUUGUUAACUUGUUUAUGAUACACUAAUGUUUCAAAGGGAAGGAAAUAAUAUAAGCAGCAAUUUGGACUUUUAAACCAUGUAGACAGAAAUGUUUUAUGAAGUACAAUCAAAUGGGUAUAAUAUGCUUUAAAAUGAAGGGUGUUUUCCCUCCACUGUACAUCUCCACUGUAUUGGCCUGGGAUGAUUUGGUCCUCAUAUGCUGUUUGCUUACAUGUUCCUUAGGCGGCUCCUGCCAGACUAGGAAUAGUAAGCUCAGAAGAAAUGCCGGUGAGUCAUGAUAAGUUGAAAUAUGCCUCCUUAAUUACUACAUUAAUUUACACUGUGAAUGAAUGAAAAAGCAAAUUCUGUCUACAAAGAUACCUUAUGCCAGUUUUCCCUUACCUGGUGCCACCCAGAUCUUGAUGGGCUCCAGCUCCCAUCAGAUCUUGUCUACAUAGCCAGCGGUCAGUGAUGUUGGGAGGUUUCUACCCUAAAACAUCUGGGGGACAGCUGGUUGGGGGAUGGCUGUCUUAUGCUAUAAACAUUAAAAGCUAAGUAUUAUAAUAGCUACCAUUCAAGGGACUCUAUGAAUUGUAGUGAUGGCAUUCAGAGUUGCUAAGGAACAUUUCUCGGUUACCUCACAAAAAAAUUGACAGUACUUGGAGAUGUCAUUACCCUCAAACUGAUAUAAUGCUGAUUACAGGAUUGUAAUGUCAGCAGAUCUCCGUAAUUCUCCUACAUGGCUAGAUAAGUAUCAUAGUACAGGUUCACCAAUAUUGAGUGAUGUAUGCAGUUUACCACUGAUGCUGGAAGAGAAAUAUUUGGGAGAAACAAAUAUAUAGCAGGGUUUCUUUUUCUUUUUUUCUUUUUUUUAAGCCUGUCAGCGCCAAGGAGGGUUAAAAAAAAAAGCUUGUCCUUUGAAUAAGCAGCCACACCCUUUUUGACACAAAACAUUUUCCCUCAAUUAAAAGAAACUACUCCAAUCUGAAGGGACGCGGGUGGCGCUGUGGGUUAAACCACAGAGCCUAGGACUUGCCGAUCAGAAGGUCGGCGGUUUGAAUUCCCGUGACGGGGUGAGCUCCCGUUGCUCGGUCCCUGCUCCUGCCAACCUAGCAGUUCAAAAGCAUGUCAAAGUGCAAGUAGAUAAAUAGGUACCACUCUGGUGGGAAGGUAAACAGCAUUUCCGUGCGCUGCUCUGGUUUGCCAGAAGCGGCUUAGUCAUGCUGGCCACAUGACCCAGAAGCUGUCUGUGGAAAAACGCCAGCUCCUUCGGCCUAUAGAGCGAGAUGAGCGCCGCAACCCCAGAGUCGGCCACGACUGGACCUAAUGGUCAGGGGUCCCGUUACCUUUUACUCCACUCUGAAUCAGUAAGUGAUCCCCAACACUAAAAUCCUACAUUAGACUUUAAUUCACCAGGAGGUGAAUGAGAAUCAAGCCCAGAAUAUUCCAUUAAACACAUACCUGGCAUCAGAAAUGCCAGCCCUAUUUUUUAAUACUCCCUUCUCAUCCCAAAACAUCUAGAGCAAAUGUUUCAGCACUGAAGUCACAGCCCCCACUAGUAACAGACCAUGAUGUGGAGCAGGAAAACAUGCAUUGGUUCAGUUUGCUCGACACCUCUCUCCUCCCCUGGCACAAGCAGCAGCAACAAACCAUGCUCCCUGGUUUAGCCUUUCAUCUGAACCAGGGACUGCUCUCUUGUUUCACUCAGGCCACAGUUGGUAAGCCCAAGAACAAACGAAAGGGAGCAAAGGAAGGGAGUGAAAACCACAAACUCCAGUUUGGGUAUAACACUAAGCCAGGGGUUGUGCAAAGCAAGGAGUGAAGUGAGAGUCCCCUGCACAUUCACAGCUAUAUUAACUAUAGCUUACCGUAAUGUGAAAAUACUGCUGCCAGUGUGGAUAUUGCAAGAGCUCUGCUAAAUGCUACUGGGGUGGGCAAGGGCAGAGAUUUAAGACAUGGUUUUCAUUUCAUGGACAUGUAGCACUGCUCCCUGGAGACCACCUUUCCUCCUAAUAUUACUGGGAGGUUGACACCAGUGGUACAAAUGGAAAUACCAGUGCAAAUGGUUAGAGCAUGCUGCUGAUAAUGCCAAGGCUACAAGUUUGAUCCCCAUAUGGGAAAGCUACACAUUACUGCUUACAGGGCAGAUGAUCCUCAGGGUCCCUUUAAACUCUACAAUUCUAUGAAAUAUCUUAGUUGAGAUUCUAACUUUGGCAAAAUCCACAUUUGUUUUUCAUAGCAGGGUAAAACUUAGCAAUGGGAAUUUAUGGCAGUCGUGGUAAUGGGACACUCUGAAUUUUUUUCUCUCCCAGGGUGGUGGAUUUGGCGCACCAGCCUAUCACGCACCAGGCCCAAACCUGUUUGCCAUGGAUGCAAGAUAUGGAAACAUGCAACCAAACCUCGGUGGGCCAGGUGAUUACACUGUGGAAGACGACCAGCUUGGAAUAACAGAGCAGCCUGAAGUUCAAGGAGGAGCCAACGCAGGAGCUAACCCUUCAGGCAAGGGGAGCAACAUCAUCUCCCUAGAUGGCACCCAGGGUGGUGCCUUGCCCAAUGCCAACAGCAACCUGCUAAACCCUGCGGCCCAGAGCAAAGGACCAGCAGGUGUACCCCAGGCCACAGCAGCCCCUCCGGCAGCUGAAGGGCUCCCUGACAGCUUCAUGCCUUUUAACGCUGACGCUGCCAUGCCUUUGGAUCCCACCAUGUUCCCCAACACCGUACCCACAGCCAAUGCAGGAAAUGAAGCUGGCUACCCACAAGUAGGUCAAGAUAUGUGGCAUUUCCAAGAGCCUUGA